AUGCGGCACCUCCUCGCAAGUGGCGAAUUUGGGCCGACGCGGCGUGUGUUGCGAAGGCGGCCGCAAAGACGGCGCACGACGGCUGUCGCGGUGUGCGCCGCCACCCGCAAUGGCGCUCGCCGCUCGCUUUUUACGCCUCAACAAAAUCAACUGUUCUGCGAUCAACCGCCCAAGCACGCCGUCCUCCGCUGUCUCCGCCCCGUCGUAGACCUCCCCCCCGGCACGCACACCUGCGGCCCGCUGCUCCUGCAGGUACAACUUCUCUACUGCACGCGCCACACCCAGAAGCUCACCUGUCGCGACGCCCUCCGCCUCACGCAGCAGCCGGUGCAGAAUAGAGGCGAGAGGGCUGGAGGUGCUCAGACUGGCUCCACGCACGCGCACGGGGCGGCUGUCGUUGAGGCCAACGCUCUUGCCGGGCUCGUGAAUCGGCACAGGCGUCGCCGUCGCCGAUGCUGCGGCCCCCGCGGCUCACCCCACACCCCCGACGCUGCGCCCCUGUCCUCCUCGAGCAGAGCGAACACGGAGGACAUGGCACCGCCUACGCACCUCAGCUACGACUCCCGCCGGCCACACCCAUCACACUGCCCCGAUGCAAAGAGGGAAAGAGAGAGGGAGAGAGAGGGAGAGAAGGGGAAGGAAAGAGCGUGA